GUCUGAACGAUGCGCACGGCCUGCGUUUCUCUCUCCUUCAAGUGCGAUGUUCAAUUCUAAAAAUCGUACUCUUGAUAUUCGCGAAAAAGUUCCGAUCGCAGAUAUGUAGUUGGAAAUUAUUCGGUCCAUUUACAAAAUAGUUAGUGUGCAAAAACAAGUCGGGUUAUAAAGUUUUCCGAAUUUUGAGGUUCUAUUGUGUGUGUUGUGAUAGUGUUGGAUGAUGGACGAGGAAAGUUUUUCUCUGACGCUCUGGACGACAGCAGAGAGGCGGUCCGCGCCAGUGUGUGCAAUAUAAAUAAAUUAGAUAGUAAAUGAACAAUGCAAUCAGCGUGGUUAACUGAACGGACUGUGUUGGCCUUCCUUCUCACCGCGGUGUUUUCGUCCCCAUCGGCCACGCAGAACACUGUUAUAACAGGAAGCCAAUCUUCAGUAACCGGGACGGUAACCCGCGUGUCUUCAGUAGUGGGUGGCGAGGCGGAUCUGCCCUGCGACUCCCGGCCUCCACAACGCAAUGAUAGUCUGUUACUGGUCGUCUGGUAUAGAGAUGAUAAUCCAGUAUACAGCUACGACACGCGUGUCCCAGGGCCUACAGGGCACUGGUCAGACGACACGUUCGGGGAGCGAGCGCGAUGGGUCGGCCUGCCCACCUCCUCACUGCACGUGCGAGACAUACAGUCAAGGGACAGAGCCAUCUAUAGGUGCAGAGUCGACUUCCAAGUGUCACCUACAAGGAACUAUAGAAUCGCACUGGAUGUUAUUGAGCUACCAUCUAAGCCGGUGAUCUUUGACGAAUUCGGCAAAGAAAUAUCUGGAGUUGCGGGCCCUUACAAUGAAGGAGGUGACUUCAAACUUAUUUGCUCCGUGGUGGGGGGAAACCCCAUCCCGCGAGUACAAUGGUUACAAGGCGAAACGGUCCUGGCUACCCUCUCCGCGGGAGAGGUCCAGCACGGGACCCGAUCACUCAGCCUGGUCGUGACCAACGCGACCAGAGCGCACCUCUCCGCAGUGUACACCUGCACAGCUGACAAUACGAUGCUACUCUCUCCACAACGCGCUAGUGUUCGAGUGGAUUUGUAUUUACGGCCUCUAACAGUAGAGAUAGUGUCUCGAGAACAGCCACUAUCAGUAGGAAGAAAAGCCGAGCUAUGGUGCAAGUCAACCGGCGCGAGACCACCAGCCACCAUUUCGUGGUGGCUUGGCGGGAAACAACUCAAUUCAGUUACUAAGCAACGGGAUUUAGAAGACAAAAACGAGACGCAGUCUCUACUGCAGUGGACUCCGCUCAAAGAGCACAACGGUCAAGUCCUCACUUGUAAGGCAGAGCACGAGAAAUUUAACAGAUCCACUAUUGAAAGUAAAUUGCCCCUUAACAUAUAUUACGUGCCAGAAACGAGGAUGCAUCUCGGCGCAAAAAUGAACCCCAACGACAUAGAAGAGGGCGACGACGUGUACUUCGGCUGCGAGGUCGACGCCAAUCCGCCGGCUUACAAAGUGGUGUGGGAGCAUAAUGGUGUGCUCUUACAACAUAAUCCAGCGAACGGCGUGAUAUUGACCGGCAACACUAACCUCGCACUCAGGAACGUGUCGCGGCAUCAAGCCGGCUUAUACACGUGCACUGCGUCCAAUGUGGAGGGGGACGGGAAAUCCCCGCAACUGAGGAUGCAAGUCGUUUAUAGGCCACUGUGUCGGACACGCGAGAUCAAGUUAAUCGGCGCUGCGCUGCAGGAGCCCUCAAGCGUGGAGUGUCUGGUCGAUGCCUUCCCGCCGCCAGACACUUUCGAAUGGACGCUGAAUAAUUCUGCUGGCUCGAUAAAGGUGGAUGCGGACCGUUUCACAGUACACGCGAAAGAGGGCAAAUCGAUACUAAAAUACACACCUGUAUCCGACGUGGACUACGGCACGCUAUCGUGUCGUGCGACCAACCUCGCCGGCCAGCAAGUAUCUCCGUGUGUCUACACGCUGCUACCGGCGACCAGACCGGACCCACCGACCAAUUGUACUGUGUACAAUUUGACUGAUGAUUCCCUGGAUUUGACGUGCCUGUCGGGCUACGAAGGCGGCCUCUCCUGCACAUACAUAGCCGAAGUGUGGGCUAAUGAAGGCUUAGUAGUGAACUCGACCAACACCGUCGCCGUGUGGAACCUACGUCGGCUGGGCGCCAAGCGACAUUUGCGCGUUGUGGUCUACGCGGCGAACGCACGCGGCCGCUCUGAGCAUGUCAGUUUUACUGUGGAAACGGCGCCUAGAUUGUCGCCGAGAACAGAGGCCCAAGAAGCAUGGGAGGUGAAUUGGGCCGUGGGCGGCGUGUUGGGCGCCGCGCUCACUGUGGCCAUUAUCUUGUGCCUAGCGCUCAUUGCGACGAGGCUACGGCAUAAUUCGACCAAUUAUGAAGUCACAAUGCAGUCAUCUAAAAAUCAAAAGGCGUCGUUGCAGAAGCGAAGCUCUCCAGACGACUGCAAUCCAGAUUUAAUACCAUUGAGUAAGGACGCGGACUGUCCGAAACCGCCGGAAUACUCAGCGGUUGUGAAGCCAGAAGUAAAAAAUUCCUCAAGCGCUGUAAGUUUGCGAACUCAGUCGCCGGGCACGCCCCCGUCGAACACUGAGUUACAGAACGAAAGAGCCAGUAAUGGAGCGCUAAGGUCACACAGAGAGGUGGUGACCACACGGACGCCGCUCCUCGCGGCACACCAAGAAAGCUGUGUGUAACCAUAUCGCACGUCGGAUAUCUGGGACAUUUCGUGAUUAUGUACAUACAGUAAAUACAUGAUUCCAUGUAAUAUAUAAUGUAAUGGUACUCCGUGCCUAUAAUGUGUUCUAUGUUGAUCAUUAUUUUUAAUACAUACAGUUUGGUUGAUAAGUUUCUGACUGAAAACGCGUGAUAUUUGAUGGGUUUCAUAAUUUUAGUCAAUGCUCGUUUACAUUCACAAAUGCAUUUGAAUUUGAUGUGGGAUUUAACGUUUUUAAUAGCACAUGCUAGUUAUUAUUGCUUAUGUGAUUGGUUUAUUUAUUUUUAGUCAAAUAAAAAGAGUUCUCACAAAUUAAGAGUUUGUUUUGAAGACAAUAAUUAACAAUCAAGCUCAAACGGUAUCGAGUUAUUGAAAUCAAAUCCGACGGCUUCGAGUUUUUAAAAUAGAUAAUCUAAUAAGUAUCUAAAAUAAGUCCUAACUUUUGUAUAAUUAAGUGAUGUGUAAAUAAUGAAAAUAUAUUUAUAGCGGCUUCAAGCCGUUUCUUAACUAAUUAGUAUAUUAAUAUUGUUUAUGUAUUAGUUACUUUUUGUUUAUCGUUUCAAUGCUGUGCCUAUUUCUUAAUGACCAAGAGAAAAUUACUUCGCAGAAUUGUGAUGCUAUCUCAUGUUAUUUAAAACAAAGGAAAGGGACGGAUAGAACAUUACUCCUGCAAAGAUAAUUGGAGAUUAAGAAAUAGGCUCAUAAGUGCCACUAAAUAAAUGAAUUGUAUGUAUUGUUGUACUUUAUGUGUUAAAUAAUAUUAUGAAUUUGUUUCCAAAGCGUUUUACCAAAGAUGGAUUUUUAAUUGGUUAGGAUUAUACUUGUAGUGAAAUUAUUUGAGGACUGAUAUUAUAUUUUUCCUUAGUAGUAAAAUUAUAAAAAAAUUGUAAGCAAAUUUGGUACCUUUAUUAAUUUAAAAUUUAAGAUAGAUACAUUUGAUUUCACUAAAGUGCUCAAAAUAAUAAAUGUAUAUUAAAAAUAGAAAAAGAUAUGAUUUAAAAACGAUAUUGUUUAAUUGUACCGAAAUUUUAAAUACCUA